CUCUCGGCCAAGUAAACGGACCUCUAUAUCAGAAGCUGUAUUUAUGCUACGUACGGUAGUAGGCAACGAGCACCAGAAGUGGAAAUAUCAAAUACAGAACAUAUAUCCACAUAGGUACAUAUAUGGCUUUGAGAAAUAUUUACAUGGAAUUCCUAAUAUUAUUGUUAAGUUACAUUUCGAUGUGCGCCGCUGUUCUGCCAGACUACAUUGCUACUGAUCAUGAUCAAUCUUUAGACAUAGACCUGCAACAUUGCUCGGAUGUUUCCUCUUAUAAUGAUUUACUGGUUUCUAACUCUCGGCCAAUUCGAUAUAACAUGAAUAUCCUAAUAUUUUCGCUAAUGAAUCCGAAUUGGAACGUAGUUGACUGUAUAAGUGAUAUCACGUUCAUUAUUGAAAAUUCGAUAAGAGUCAUAAGUUUGCACGCCUAUGAAUUGGAUAUCAACAGUCGGAUAAAGGUUGUAAAUAUCAACUCACUUGAAAGCUACAGAUUAACUGGCUACCGUUAUUGCAAACACUCGCAGAUUUUGGAUUUGCAGUUUGAUAAAAUAAUAGUUCCUGGGACUUAUAACUUGUCAAUUGGCUCUGUUAGUCGUCGUCCUUGGAACGGUGUAGUUAAAUACGAAUACAAGAAAAGUGGAACAAAUCUUGAGAAAGCAAGGUUAGUCAUCAUGCAACCUAACAUGGCUCGGAGAGUGUUUCCAUGUUGGGAUGAGCCCGGAUUAAAGGCAAUUUUCAACAUAUCUACAGUAUAUCCUAAGCAUUUUAAAGUUUUCUCGAAUGUACCCGAAAUAUUCACAGAAAAGUUUGACUUCUACUUUAACAAGACGUAUUUUAGUGAUACGCCUUCGAUAUCUCCUUCCAAUGUGUUCAUUGCUCUGCUUGAAGACAACGAUAAUCAUACAAAGAGUGAAAUAUCUAAGAGUGACACCAUUUGGCACAUGUCGCAAAAGAAGAUGCUACAAGAUGCAACGAGUAUAAUUGCAACUGUCGAUCGUUACUUAACAUUCUUUACGGAAUUAACCGAUGUAUUGCCUAAGAGGGAUCACAUAGUGUUCCCAAAUAAUACAAUAAAUUCAAUGGGAUGUUUUGGUCUUAUAAUAUAUAGUGAAAAGGAUGUUCCAUAUGAUAAAGAUAUCGAUUUCCCUGGCCGCAAGGCUCAUAUCGGCGAAGUCAUUUCGCACCAAAUGGCACGUCAGCCGUUUACAGCAGUGGUUACUCAGUCUCGGUGGGCCGACCUGUGGAUAGGCGAAACACUAUCGAAGCUUUACAGUCAUUAUAUCAUGAACGAGAUUUUCAUCGGUUCACUUAGUUUAUCGGUUCAAUUAGUGGAUCUCUAUGCAAUCCAAAUUCUUCAAUUAACAUUUCAGUAUGAAAUUAACUGUCAGAUGAGAGCUCUUUCCGAAUAUGAUGUACGAGUCGCGGAUGAAAUCGAUGUUGGCCUCUGUUCUCGUUGGUAUUAUAAUAAAGGUCUCGCUCUUUUACGUAUGAUAGAGUAUAUAAUCACACGAGAUAAGUUUCAACUAGCUGUCAAAAAAUAUUUGGGCGAAUUUAAGUUUCGUUCUGCCACUCCUGAUAAUCUCUGGAUCACUUUACAACAUAUACUUGAUGACAGAAACCAAUAA